UUUAUUGCCUUGCGAUCAGCCCCGGGCAGGGGGAAGCUGCCCCCCGCCCCGCUGCUGCCGCUGCUGCGCGGCCCCGGCUGCUGUCGCCGCCUCGCCCCGGACCUGCCGCCCGGACUGGCCCCGCUACCUGCCCUGCCCGGGAGGAGCCCCUGCCCUCGCCCCGGGAGGAUGGAGGUCCUGCAGCUCCUGCGCCUGCUCCUCACCACCACUAUGCUGGGCCUCUCCCAAACGGUGAACCCCUUUGUGGCCCAGCAGACCCCCCCAGACCCUUGCUACGACGAGAACGGGGCCCCUCGCCGCUGCAUCCCCGAGUUUGUCAACGCCGCCUUCGGGAAGGAGGUGCAAGCCUCCAGCACCUGCGGGAAGCCCCCGACGCGGCACUGCGACGCCUCGGACCCCCGCCGCGCCCACCCCCCCGCCUACCUGACCGACCUCAACACCGCCUCCAACAUGACCUGCUGGCGCUCCGAGACCUUCCACCACUCGCCCCACAACGUCACCCUCACCCUCUCCCUGGGCAAGAAGUUCGAGGUGGUCUACGUCAGCCUGCAGUUCUGCUCGCCCCGGCCCGAGUCCACCGCCAUCCUCAAGUCCAUGGACUACGGCAAGACCUGGGUGCCCUACCAGUACUACUCCUCCCAGUGCCGCAAGAUCUACGGCAAGCCCAGCAAAGCCACCGUCACCAAGCAGAACGAGCAGGAGGCCCUCUGCACCGACGGCCUCACCGACCUCUACCCUCUGACGGGCGGCCUCAUCGCCUUCAGCACCCUCGACGGGCGGCCCUCCGCCCAGGACUUCGACAGCAGCCCCGUGCUGCAGGACUGGGUGACGGCCACCGACAUCCGCGUGGUGUUCAGCCGGCCGCACCUCUUCCGUGAGCUGGGCGGCCGGGAGGGCGGCGAGGAGGAGGGAGGCACCGGCUCGACGCCCUAUUACUACGCGGUGGGGGAGCUGCAGGUGGGCGGGCGCUGCAAGUGCAACGGCCACGCUGCGCGCUGCCUCCGCGACAAGGAGCAGAAGCUGGUCUGCGACUGCAAGCACAACACCGAGGGACCCGAGUGCGACCGCUGCAAGCCCUUCCACUACGACCGGCCCUGGCAGCGGGCCAGCGCCCGCGAAGCCAACGAGUGCCUGGCCUGCAACUGCAACCUGCACGCGCGGCGCUGCCGCUUCAACAUGGAGCUGUACAAGCUGUCGGGGCGGCGCAGCGGCGGCGUCUGCCUCAACUGCCGCCACAACACCGCCGGCAGGCACUGCCACUACUGCAAGGAGGGCUUCUACCGCGACCUCAGCAAGGCCAUCACCGACCGCAAGGCCUGCAAAGCCUGUGACUGCCACCCCGUUGGGGCAGCUGGCAAGACCUGCAACCAGACGACGGGGCAGUGCCCGUGCAAGGACGGCGUCACCGGCCUCACCUGCAACCGCUGCGCCAAGGGCUACCAGCAGAGCCGCUCCCCCGUGGCCCCCUGCAUCAAGAUCCCUGCCAUCAACCCCACCUCCCUCAUCACCAGCACCGAGGCACCUGCAGACUGUGACUCCUACUGCAAGCCAGCGAAGGGCAACUACAAGAUUAACAUGAAGAAGUACUGCAAGAAGGACUAUGUGGUCCAGGUGAACAUCUUGGAGAUGGAGACGGUGGCCAACUGGGCCAAGUUCACCAUCAACGUCCUCUCCGUCUACAAGUGCCGCGACGAGCGGGUCAAGCGCGGCGACAACUUCCUCUGGAUCCACCUGAAGGACCUGUCCUGCAAGUGCCCCAAGAUCCAGAUCAGCAGGAAGUACCUGGUGAUGGGGAUGAGCGAGAGCUCCCCGGACCGGCCGGGGCUGAUGGCCGACAAGAACAGCCUGGUGAUCCAGUGGCGCGACGCCUGGACGCGGCGCCUGCGGAAACUGCAGCGGCGCGAGAAGAAGGGCAAGUGCCUCAAGCCCUGAGGCCUCGCCCCCUCGCCCUCUCCCACCCCCAGCC